GCCCCUGCGCUCUCCCUUUCCGCUCCGUGUGUGAGGACGAUUGAACGUGCCUAAGGUGCUCGGUUCUUCUAACGAAGCUAAGGCCCUAGAAUCCGGCGACUAGCACCGCUAAUAUUAGGCAUCCAGGUCCAAAACUGUAACCUACUGAAAGAACAAUGGCCUCUGUCUCCGAGCUCGCCUGUAUUUACUCCGCUCUCAUCCUCCACGACGAUGAUGUGACCGUUACGGAGGACAAGCUGAACGCCCUGAUCAAGGCUGCUGGAGUGACCAUUGAGCCUUUCUGGCCCGGUCUGUUCGCCAAGGCUCUGGGCAGCGUGGACAUCGGCAGCCUGAUCUGCAGCGUGGGGGCUGGUGGUGGAGCCCCUGCUCCCGCUGGUGCUGGUGGAGCUGCUCCUGCUGCUGGAGGAGAAGCACCAGCCAAGGGGGCAGCCACAAAAUACUUAGAAAGUGAUGAUUGUAAUUAUAAUAAAAAUUAUUCUAAUUCAAUGAAACGGUUUCUCCAUUAUUCUAAUUCAAUAAAACAACAGUGUCACAGUUAAAUGGCCUAAAUGGGC